CUGACAGUCGGACUGAAGAAAUGGCGGCCAGGUCCUCUGUGCUGGAAGUGGAGCUCACCUGUCCUGUGUGCUACGAAAUCUACAGGGAUCCUGUGGUCCUGAAGUGUAGCCACAGCUUCUGUAAAGUCUGUCUGCAGCUGUACUGGGGAGAUAAGGACUCCCGGGAAUGUCCUGUUUGCAGGAGAAGGUGUUCUAUGGAUUUUCCACUCUCUAAUCUGGCCCUGAAGAAUACAUGUGAGGCUUUCUUACAGGACAGAGCCCAGAGAUCUGCAGCAGCUUCUGAAGCUCUCUGCCUUCUGCACAAUGAGAAACUCAAGCUCUUCUGUCUGGACGAUCAGACACCUGUGUGUCUUGUGUGCCGAGAUUCAAAAUGGCAUGAAAACCACAAACUUCGACCCGUACAGGAAGUGACCCCUGAAUACAAGGAAAAACUGAGAUUUUCACUGAAGCCUCUGCAGGAGAAGCUGGGAGCUUUGAGUGAAAUACAACAAGCCUGUAACCAGAUAGCAGAACACAUCAAGACUCAAGCCCAGAACACAGAGAGACUGAUAAAGGGGGAGUUUGAGAAACUUCACCAGUUCCUAAAGGAUGAAGAAGCGGCCAGGAUAUCUGCACUGAGGGAGGAAGAGGAGCAGAAGAGUCACAUGCUAAAGAAGAAGAUUGAGAAGAUCACAAACGAGAUAUCAUCCCUCUCAGAAACCAUCAGAGCCUUAGAACAGGAGCUGGGAGCUGAAAACGUCUCAUUCCUACUGAAAUAUAAGGAAACACAGAGAAGAGCCCAGUGCCCAGUGCGGGAUCCAGAGGAGGUCAAAGGAGCCCUGAUUGAUGUGGCCAAACACCUGGGCAACCUGAGCUACAGGGUGUGGGAGAAGAUGCUGGAGAAGAAAGAGAUUAAAUAUACUCCUGUGAUUCUGGACCCAAACACAGCAGAUGUUGAGCUCACGCUGUCUGAAGAUCUGACCUCUGGUACCUGGAGUAAUGAGAUACAGGAAUAUCCCACUAACUCAGAGAGGUUUACAUGGCGCUGUGUGCUGGGAUCUGAGGGAUUCAGCUCAGGGAAACACUGCUGGGAUGUGGAUGUGGGGGAUGCGGAAUUAUACUUUGUGGGUGUGGCUAAUGAGUCCAUCAACAGGAAAGGAGACGUCCUUCCCAAAGCAAAUGGAGGACUAUGGGUCAUAACACGUUAUAAAGGUAAACUGGCAGCAUGGACCUCACCACCGGACCCUCUGUCUGUGUGGAGGACACCCCAGAGGAUCAGAGUGCAGCUGGACUGGGAUGGGGGAGAGCUGUCAUUCUCUGAUCCCUGUAACAACACUCCUCUCUACACCUUUAAACACUCUUUCGCUGAGAGGCUGUUUCCUUUCUUCUUUACCUGGGGUCAAAGGGUUCCGUUAAAAAUCUGCCCAGUGAAUGUUUCCAUUGCCGUAACAGCAGUGAAACUCUGAGCACUGUAAUUGUAAUGACAAAUAUUGGCCAUUCUGCACAGUAUUAUAUAUCAUUGUUGUUCAGGAAGCAGACUCAUGUUUAGGAGAAGCUGUUGUAUACCUGUUUGGGGGCUGUCAUAUUAUUAAUUUCCCAGGCCUCUUAUCCGCUACAGGUCGCCUACAAAUGUUAUUGCAUUGUCGGUUCCGUCUUUUUAAAAUCGAGUGUAAAUGCCAGCUGCUGUGUCUUACUCUAACAUGCACCGUGAACGGCGCAUUUUUAACAGCGUGUCAUCAUGCGGCAGGUCAUGGCUGACGCAUCACUUCCUGUGCAGCAAAUCACCGCCAUGAGUCCGUAUUGAGGAUGACGGCCAAACCCAAACGCUUAUCUAGUGAAAUUCUGGGAAGAAACUGAGGUCCAGAUUGACUUAUUUCUCCAGAAUGAGAUUGACACACGUUCACAGCAGAGACCAUUUAUUCACGGACAUAAUGUCUGUCCUGAAUGAAGGUUUUGUUUAUGUAUCUAAUACUGUAACAGAACAGGAAGGGAAUGCAGCUGGGGGAAUGUGCACUUUCCAGCAUGGAGGCCAAUAAAAGCUUCACUCACAUCCUCUAAUGCUGCUCCAGGCUUCUUGUACUUCCACUACAUUCCUGUCAUAGCAUAAGAACAGCCAUGUUGGA